AUGAAGUUUUGUUAUACCAUCGCCCUUGCGGCUCUCACGCUUCUUAACACCGUUCGCGGCGAUGCUGUACCAUGGGAGCGUAUCGACAAGGACGACGCACUUCUCCUGAUUCUCGACUUGCAAGUCGGCCUUUUCCAACUCGCUAGAGACUGGGACCCAACCCUCUACAAGCAGAACAUCAUGGCCCACGCAGAGAUUGGCAAAGUCUUCGAUAUCCCCGUCAUCCUGAGCACGUCUGCGGACCAAGGUCCCAACGGUCCUUUGCCCAAGGAAAUGUUGGAGAUGUAUCCCGACGCGCCUCUCAUUAGGCGUCAGGGCGAGGUCAACGCCUGGGACAACGAGGACUUCAAGGCCGCUAUCCGCGCCGCGAACAAGACCCAAAUCAUCGUCGGCGGCAUCACCACAGACGUCUGCACCACUUUCCUCGCCCUCUCCCUCCGCGCAGAGGGCUACUCCGUUUUCGCCAACGUCGAAGCCAGCGGUACUUACACGGAGCUUGUGCGCGACACAGCAAACGCACGCAUGCAACAGGCGGGUGUGCAGCUCGUCUCGCUCUUCUCCAUUGUGUGUGAUCUGAUGAGGGACUGGCGCAACACCCCUGGUGCUAAGGAGUUGCUCCCGUACUUGGACAAGUACUUGCCGAAUCACGAGCUAGACUUUGGUGUCCCGCACUUUCAAAAGCUAGCCGAGAAGUGCAACUUCCCUUGGUUGUGCGCAAACGUGCUUGAUCCCGCAUUGGGGAAAGACGUGCCCCUAGGUAGAUGCAAGAAGACGGCCUUGGUCAACAUCAAUGGUGUCAAAAUCGGACUGGUCGGGCUUGUCGAGCAGGAGUGGCUUGCUACCGUCAAUGUGCUCCCGCCUAAUCUCAUCUUCCGCUCCGCCUCGGCGACAGCGGAAGCACUGGUGCCCGUACUAAAAGACCAGGGCGCGGACAUAAUCAUUGAGCUCACACACCAGCGGAAGCCCAACGACAUCAAGUUGGCACAAGAAUGCGCCGACUUGAUUGACCUACUCCUGGCGGGCCACCCUGUCGUCGCACGAAAAGUUGCACUCCUUCGUUUCGGCACUGGUGACGACGGAUAUAAGAAGGCCGCACUGCACGUCGGAGUUGUACAGCCCACCGAGCUCAGCUUCAAACCUACCUUCAGAGCUUUCAUCUCCUUCAAGACCAUCUCCCCAACAUUCAAAGGCGUCACCAUAAUGCCUCUUUGGCUGAUCUUCCACCCAGAUGGUACCUUCGUAGACGAUACAUCGAAAGAACUUCUCGCUGCCGACAUCACCAAGAUCUAUACGAGCGUGGGCCUUCCGGCGUUUUACGUGGUCACAAACUUCAUCAAGAUGCCAGAAAACACCAUAUUAAUUGGUGGCAAGAUAAUCAGCAAAGAAAAACCAUUUAUUCGGGUGGUGAUCGAACACAUCGCCGUGACUCUUCCCAAUGAAGAUGAAGCCUAUAAGAAGGUGGCCAACGCAGUCGAUGCCGCUCUAAAGCCGCAUAUUGCAGACAAGGGGUUUGACUGGGAAUUUCACAUUGACGAGACAGAGAGGAGGUUAUGGAAGAUUAAUGGCAUGUUUCCUCCAGCUUUCAAAAGUGAAGGCGAGAAAAUCUGGAGGGAGGAAAACCGGCCCGUGCCUCUAGAGAAGGGGAGCCUCUAA